GUGGGCGGGGCUAAUGGGUGGAGUUAAAUGGUUGCCUCAGAAAGGAGAAAAACAAUGGACGCCAGUCCGGGAAAUCCCAGCAAAAGCAGAUUCACAGUCUUCCUGUGUGUCUUACUGCUGCUCCUCUGGGAUCCAGGGCGAUCCUGCACCCGAGGCCCUGAAAAUGUCCAUCUGGUGAUAACUGUGCUUAGCCACCUUGGACCAUUUUGGACCAUACUGGCCUUCAUUCAAAUUGUUCCAGCCCAAGGCUCCCCAGAAGUGAAGGUGACCAACAGGACAUAUCCAGUGGGCAGGAUCACCCUGACAUGCCGGGCUUUUAAUCUGUGUCCUCCAGUGGACACCCUGACCUGGCUUCAGGAUGGGAAGCCGGUACAGCAGCGGAUCUUUGGGCCUAGGACCAUCUUGCCCAGUGGAGAUGGGACCUACCAGACCUGGGCGUCUAUUUGGAUUUUUCCUGGACAGGAAUCAGAGUUCACCUGCUACCUGAGGCACUAUGAUAUGAAGGUCCCUGCUGCCCCUAGUAAGAAAAUGAGGCAACAAUCCACCUCAGGGGGUAGGAGGCAGGGGCGGGAAGGAUCCAUAGGUCACACAACAACCAGUGAUACUGCUAGCCCCCCUUCUGCCUCAACUGUAUCUGCACUCCCCAUUGUGUUGGUGUUGGUGCUGGCUAAAGACAACUGAAGCUAGAACACCAAGGACAGAAAACUGCCAGCAGGAUAAACUAUUGGCUAUCCCAGUGAGAUCAAGACCCUCAACCUACAUUCCGAAGCCAGACCUUCAACUCCAGGACUCGAGGACCCAAAUCCUGUCUUGGAAGGUGCACACCUUGAAGAUCUUCCAAGACUCCAGUACAUACUUUAGGUUUGGUAGAUUGUUGUAGUGAGCUGUGGCACUAAAAAGAAACCAGGAGCACUCCAUUGGUGAGUCAUAGAAGGCAGCUCCUUGUAUGUCAGCAUUUCUCAACCUGUGGGUCUUGACCACUGAAAAACACAUAUUUCCAAUAAUCUUAGGAGCUGACAGCCCACCCAGUAGCAAAAUUAUAGUUAUGAAGUAGCUACAAAAAUAAAUUUUUGGUUAGGAGUUCCUAAGACACUCAUAAAUCUAUGCUUCCUGAUGGUCAUGAACCACAGGUUGAAAACCCCUGUUCUAUGACAUAGAUGUACUGUUUCUGAUGGGAUCCUGUCUAGGGACAGAGAGGUACCUGAUGAGGUAUAAGAACUCCUGUCUUGAGCAAUAGCAAGGCGUUUGGGGGUGUUAGUGUAUUAUUCUUGGUCGCCUGUGUUUUGUUCUGUAUGUUGUUUCUCUCCUGCCCAGGGCACUAGUGAAAAGUGACUCUGCCCACCUAGUUCUGGCUUCUGGGGACCAAAGAGGAUAUCUGAAAAGCCAAGUUAAAUGUAUGAAUGAAGGUGGGCAUCACAUGCUUUGUUUCUGACCAGUCUCUUUUGGCUACAUGAACGUUGUCUGUACUGUUUAAUGGUUUUGGUUUUUGCUGACUCCGUCCCUUGAACAUUUUGUGUUCUAUGGUUUCGUUUUUGCCCUAUCUGUCUCUUUAACUCUUCUGCCCCGCCUUGCCCCCCCCUCCACCUGCUACAGCAGCAGCCAAUGAAGCCCAGAGAAAACUUUGUUUUGUUUUCCCUUCCUGGGUAGGCUGCUAGGUGCAGGCUUUGGACCCACAUGCAUAGCCAGGGCAGGCAGAUGGACGGCAAGGACGAGAAGGGCAAGGUGAGAAGCUGGAUGAGCAGGCUUUGGGAGCCAGGAUCUGGAAUCUGCUCCAGCACUUGUGGUUACCCCACAAACUCCCCAAGGGUGAAUCCUAAUAGAUCCUUCCUGCCUCCUCACCCCAGGAAAACCACAGCCUACAAAGUGGGGAGGGAGAGGUACACCCGCAGGGGAAGAUGGGGCAGUGAUCACUUUGGUUGUUUGCCUUGACUGCUGUUUCUGCUCUGGGGUUUCUCUUGCCCCUCCUACUGGU